GCACCCGAAUCCUCCACGCGACACAUCAUCGCAACAACUACACAAACCAUGGCCGAUCAAGGCGGCUCCCAACACGGCAUAGCCCGCACCACCCGCACCCGCACCCCCGCCCAAAAGCAGCAGGACCUCGAGCGCAUCCAAAAGUACCGCGACCUCGAAUCCCACCUCCGCCAGCUCGUCUCCUCCUCUGAUUACUCCCGCCGCGAAACCUUUGACCUCACCACCACCCUCCUCAAGCUCAACCCGGAAUACUACACAGCGUACGCUAACUUCUGGCUUAUUCUCAAGACGGUCGGAUGGGUGCUCAUGCUCGAGGGCGUGCUCGAGUUCUUCUCGGUCAGACACUACAACAACGUGUUCCGACGAGUCAUCGUGCUCUUAUUCGACAAGGACCCCGCACAGCCAAGCUUGCCGGAGGAUUGGGAGGAGUGGUAUAAUAGCUGA